AGAGAGAGAGAGAGAAGGGGGAGGAUAUCUGAGGGUGGUUGUAGUGCUGUAUUGGUGUUUCCUCCACCCUCCAGCCUCCAGCGGCAGCAUCUGUAGGGCGCGCGCUCGAAGCUCACGGCGCUCUUCCAUGCACACUACAGAUCAGACACAGCACCGGCUCUCAUCUCAUCGGGAUUUUCUCUCCUAAGCCUACUUGAAUUCGUCCAGACGCGCUGCUCGGAUCUGCCAUGCCGGAAGCGGAGGGAUCAGGCCGGACUCCGCAGGGUGUCCCUUACAGCGAACUGCCGCACAUCGUCAACGCUGACGGUCAGCACCUGUUCUGCCGAUACUGGGAACCUGAAGGACCGGCGAAGGCGCUGGUGUUUGUGGUACACGGGGCCGGAGAGCACUGCAGCCUGUACGAUGACGUCGCUCACAUCCUGACCCAACACUCCUUGUAUGUGUUCGCCCAUGACCAUGUGGGCCACGGGCAGAGCGAAGGGGAGAGGAUGAAUAUUAAAAACUUCCAAAUCUACAUCAGAGACUGUCUGCAGCAUGUCGACCUGAUAAGAGCGCGCUACCCCAACCUGCCCAUCUUCAUUCUCGGCCACUCGAUGGGUGGUGCCAUCUCUAUUUUGACAGCAUGUGAGAGACCGCAGGAUUUCACCGGCGUGGUUCUGAUAGGCCCUAUGAUCCAGAUGAGCCAAGAAACUGCCACACCUUUCAAGGUUUUCGUUGCUAAAGUCCUGAACCAUAUGGCUCCCAACCUCUGUAUCGGCUCCAUCGAUCCCAAGUUUGUCUCCCGGGACCCAAAACAGGUGCAGAAAUACGAGUCAGAUGAGCUGGUUUAUCACGGAGGGAUUCGCGUUUCGUUCGCAAUGCAGAUGAUGGCUGCUUCAAACCGCAUCGAAACAGAGCUUCCAAACAUCGCCUGGCCUUUCUUUAUUCUGCAUGGUAGUGAUGACAAGCUCUGUGAUAUAAGAGGAUCCCAUCUUAUGCACGACCAAGCUAAGAGCACAGACAAAAAAAUUAAGGUAUAUGAUGGAGCCUACCAUGCCCUGCACCACGAUUUGCCUGAGACAGCAGAGCUCGUCCUUCAAGAUGUGAUUACCUGGAUUACCGAGCGUCUUCCUAUUCCCUCUGGGCCUUAACUGUCCAUCUUCCUAUUAACCACACCCACUUUUAGUAGGCUCUACAUCUCUGACUAUAUUCACCCCUCUCCUCUCUGUUUACAACAAAUCCUCCUGCUGGGGUGCAUCCAGACUCAAUUAUGUUCUUUAUUAGCAAUCUAUGAGAGGUCACAGGUCACCACUCUCCCACCUUUGGCAUCUAGGUCAAAUCUUUGAUGUUAAGUCUAGAGUCUCAGGCUUGUCUUUUUUUUUUUUUCUUAGUCCACGCUGUCUGUCACCAUGGGGUGCGGUUCACACGUUAUCGUGUCAGUCACCAGGAGUCUUAUAAUGAACACAGCUGCCCCGACACCCGGUCCUUCUUUUGUGCGUUGUCACGGUAACACAGCAUUUGCCCUUUGCUGUCCUUCAUCUCUCUUUGAUGUUAGGUCCUCAGUCCUGUUAGAGUUGCUGUGCUGUUGCUCUGCUGCCCCCGCUGGACAGCAGAGUUACUGCAGACUUCAAUCAUCGCAGUUACCAGGGCAACGGCAUUAAAAUACUAGCAGGGAAAAUGAAUCAAUUAUAAAACAGGGUGUCAUGGUAACUGAGUGAAAGAGGAGAGGGGAUGUAGAGUGAUAGGUUGUCUGAGGAGGAAUAUUUACUUGAUGUUCAAUGAGAGGAAAUCUAGAGCGUGGCAGCUGCAAGGAAACACCUUCGAGCCCCGAUCAGUCCCAGAGAUUUAACCCACAUGCACCAACAGAGAUUUAUGUUUGCACACAAGCAGCAAAGGCACCACCACAAUCAAAACGUUCAAUUGGCUAUUUUUAUGAUACUGUACUAUAUGCGCCUUGUUUGCUCUUGACUGAUUACUGUUUAAGAUGACUACAGACUGUUCCAUUGCCACGGAUGGGGGGUUGAGGUGGCGAUGACUGUUCUCUAACAUUGUGUCAACAAGCUGAAUGCCGAAUGUCUAUUGGCAGUUAAUACCUCCUCACAGAAACAGGAAAUGUUACAUCCCUAAUGUGCAUUGUUACUGAUGUAUAGUUGUGUGUAUUCAUUAGUGUU